GUAAACGCAGAGACAUGAAAAUUCGAGGCAAUGCAAUGCAAGAGAGUGACACAUUGACUCAAAACAAAAACCGUGUUGAAUGUUCAAACUUUAGACCAAAAAAAAAAUCAAGAAAACAAUAACCAACUAAACAUACUCUCACAAUGAGCAAUAAGAAGCCAUUUUCCAGAAAUAUCACACAUGAAAGAACAAUGAGGAAACAAACACCACCAAGACUCCUCGUCGUCAUCAUCGCCAUCUUUCUUCUGUACUAUUUCUCGUAUGUUGUCCAAAGUGCAACUCCUAUAACAUUUAGCCAAGAAUACGGUGGUCCCUUUAAUGAGACGUACUACGACAUAUUCGAGGUUAUAGAUCCUGCACUUAUCAAUUACGGUGCCCUUCAGUUGACCCCAGAUACCAGUUCCGAAUCGUCUAUGUCCAUGAGUUACAACUCAGCAAGAAUCCUCCUCAAGCAGCCUUUCCGGCUAUGGGAAGAAGAAAACGACAAUAACAGCCCUACAUCCGUCCUGGUGGCGUCUUUCAACACUUCAUUUCUGAUCAAUGUUUUCAGGAUAAAAAACGACACCUCUGAAGGAUUGGCUUUCGUGAUUGCACCGGACCUCCUCCUGCCGCCCAACAGCAACGGCCAGUUUCUCGGCCUCACAAAUUCAAUGACGGAUAAUCGAGACAGCAACAAGUUGGUGGCGGUGGAGUUGGAUACUUUUAAGCAGCACUUCGAUCCGGACGACAAUCAUGUCGGGAUCGAUGUCAACAGUGUCGUAUCCGUAAAGACGGAAUCUUUGACCCAACAUAACAUCACAAUCGCCCCCGUCGGAACCACAAAGUUUCACAAUAUUUGGGUGGAUUACGACGGCUUUAAGAUGGUCCUCGACGUGUAUAUCGCAGAACAGGCAAAUUUACGUGGUGAGACUCCACCAAAGCCCGAAUACCCCAUAUUAUCAGCCAAUUUGAAUCUGAGAGAUCAUGUGAAUCAGCACUCGUACUUUGGCUUCUCGGCUUCCAAUGGGAAUGCUUCCCAAUUGUACAGUGUGGUGAGGUGGAAUUUGAAUGUGCACCACUUCUCUGAUCCUAAUACGAAAAUUACUAAAUCGGUCAACAUAAUGCGGGGGGCUGGGCCAGCUGUACUGGUGGUGAUGUUGCUGCUGCUAUUGGCUGCAGUCUGGUUCGGAUAUCGUUUCUACAAGAAUCGGGUGGCGGCUUUGAAUGGCGGCUUGGUGGAGGCACUGAGACUUCUGCCUGGAAUGCCCAGAGAGUUCAAGUUCAAGGACCUAAAAAAGUCAACAAACAAUUUCGAUGAGAAGAACAAGCUUGGACAGGGAGGAUUCGGAGUGGUGUACAAAGGGACUCUAGUCGAAGAAACGAUGGAAAUUGCGGUCAAGUGGUUUUCCAGGGAGAGUAUCAAAGGUCAGCACGAUUUCCUGGCCGAGCUCACCAUUAUUAAUCGUCUCCGCCACAAGCAUCUCGUCAAAUUACUUGGAUGGUGCCACAAGAAUGGGAAGCUGCUGCUCGUAUACGAGUACAUGCCAAACGGAAGCCUAGACCAGCACCUCUUUGUCGGGCCAGAAAAAGAGCCCUUAGAGUGGAAUCUCCGUCACAAAAUCAUUUCAGGAGUGGCUUCUGCACUUCAUUAUCUUCACAACGAGUACGACCAAAAAGUCGUACACCGAGAUCUGAAAGCCAGCAACAUCAUGCUCGACUCGGACUUCAAUGCCCGUUUAGGCGAUUUCGGCCUUGCAAGAGCUCUGGAAAACGACAAGACAUUUUAUUUAGAGGCUGAGGGCAUAGUAGGCACAAUGGGGUACAUCGCCCCAGAAUGUUUUCUAACGGGGAAAGCCACAAAAUACUCCGAUGUGUAUGCGUUUGGAGCAGUGCUUCUAGAAGUAGUAUGCGGUCAACGACCUGGAAUAAGAAUUGCGGGUUUCCAAUUCUUGGUGGAUUGGGUUUGGAUGAUGUACAGGGAAGGUAAAUUACUCGAAGCUGUGGAUUCAAGAUUGGGUGAUGGUUAUAUUGCUGAAGAAGCUGAAAGUUUGCUUCUGCUCGGGUUAGCGUGUUCACAUCCUAAUGGUGGUGAGAGGCCUAAAACAGAGGCUAUUCUUCAGAUGGUAUUAGGGAUGAUGGCGGUGCCUGACGUGCCGCCUUUCAGGCCUGCUUUUGUGUGGGCGGCUCCAGGCCCAGGCGGAGAGAUGGGAGUAGAUUCAGUCAAUACAAUGUCGAUUACGGUUUCGGAUUUCGCAAGAUGAUCUUGGCUUACUCCAUUCCUACACGGUUUCAAAAGUCACUAGCAAUCACUCAUGCAUCAUUCCUCUUCCACAAGAACUUGUUGUCAGAUUAAAUUAACCAGCUCCGAAAACUUAGCUCCAACAUCCUAGAAACCAAGAAAUAUAUUUGUAAUAGUAUAACACUCAGAUACUGCAAUCAUGUAUGUAUUAUGGAUAUAUAUAGUGUUCCCAAUUCAAAUAA